CACGGAUUAUUUUUGUUGAUGCGCUCCGACUCUUAAACGCUGUAAUGAACAGAAGUGUAACGAUUUUUAACGAUAAAUCUCCGUGUCGAGUUCUAUCAGUAAGUUAUUGAUUCAUUUGAACUCUGAAAACCCACCACGGCUAAAAUGUCUGACUGGUGUCCGAUAGCGAAAGACUACAACCCCCUGAAAGCUGGCAGCAUCGACGGGACGGACGUGGAGCCCCAUGACCGGGCGGUAUGGAGGGCCAUGUCCGCCCGCUACAAGCCCAACAAGGGCGUCGUUGGCGACCCGCUCCUCACAUUGUUUGUGGCCCGAUUGAAUCCCCAGACAACCGAAGACAAGCUGCAGACAGUGUUCUCGAAAUAUGGAGACAUACGGCGGCUGCGACUUGUUCGAGACAUUGUUACGGGUUUCUCCAAAGGAUACGCCUUCAUAGAAUACAAGGAGGAGCGGUCCGUGAGUCGGGCCCGCCGGGACGCCGACAAGCUGGUAUUGGACCAGCACGAAUUGUUCGUGGACUUCGAGCUGGAGAGGACCCUCAAAGGAUGGGUGCCGCGGCGUCUCGGGGGCGGGUUGGGCGGCAAAAAGGAAUCCGGACAGCUGCGUUUCGGCGGCAGGGACAGACCCUUCCGCAAACCGAUAAACCUCGGUCCCGGGGCCACGCAGGAGCGAGUACUGGGGGAUAGAGACCGAGGAGAGCCGAGAGUCAGAGGGGACAGACGCCGGUACGGAGAGAGCGACUGGGGCAGCAGAGACAGGAGAGAUUACCGGGAUAGAGACAGGGGUGAUCGCAGACACAGAGACUGGAGAUGAUGAUGAUGUUUAUAGGCAUUUUAGACUGUAAAUAACAGACAUCUCAACUAAUUUCUGAUUGCUUUACAUGAUGUGCUAUAAUUUCCAUUCUCCCUUUUUAAAAGCAUUCUUUUUGUUGUUAAAAAUACUUAUUGGGCUCUUCAAACUCAGUAGGAGUCCAAUUAUAUUUAGGGUAUAAUUGCCCCAUGUACAUUUACAUCUAAGUUGUCCACAUGCAAAGAAGUAAAAGUUUUUCUUUUUCAAUUCUGCAAGUCAGAAUCAGUUUGUUUUUCCAUUCCUGUUUCAAUGAGAAAGUUUAUUUCAGUUCUUAUAUUUGCCAGUUUGCUAAUUUUGACACAGGUUUUGAGUUUUGCUGAUGAGGAUUGUAAAGUAUGUUUUAAACCAUGAUUGUUUGACACAAGACUAUAAAGCCCCCCCAGAGAUCCAAAUAAAACAAAAACAAGGAAACAGAAAAAAAAAAUGUUUAUUUGUAUUUAGCACCCCAUGAGCAAUCACAACUAAAGACUUCUUGUGAUUAUGUCUCUGCCAGAUUUGCAGAUCUAGAAGUUAACUUUCUGUCAGAUUGUAUGGAGAGGGUCUGUGAACAACAUAAGGGGGGAAAUGACUGUUUGAUCUGGUACAGGAGUGUAUUGUUACAAUUUGAUGAUUGGUUAAAAUGCAAAAUUAUUAUUAAAAGAAAACCAAAGUUUUGAGAUGUUUUGCAAAUAGGCCUCUUUUAGACAUCAUCUAUUUUUUUGUUAUACAUGAUUGGCAAAAAAUGAGACUGGUAAGAAUAUUUGGCCUACUUGUCAAAGGUUUUAUAGUUGUCAAAGAUGUUACAGUAGCUGGUCCAUUUGGACUGCCUCAGGAUUAAAAUAGCAGAAUAUUUUAUUUCCAACAUGACUAAACGUGUGCAGGUUAGAACUCAAAGGCCUUGUCUGGAUGAAGCCAGUUUCUGCUCGUCAGCUUCCCUGAGCUUCAUGCCAGCUUGGGUAUGCUUAUUUUUGCAAAGUAUUGACUUCAGUCCUGCAAAGUCAGAACACAGACAGAUGAGCUGCGCUGAAUGACAAAGCUGCAGGAGACUGAAGAGAUGCCAAAUCUGGUGUCUCCUGAAAACAGAGUUGAUGCUUAGGUUAUCAGGCUAGAGAAUAUCUUGAGUGACAUUCUCCUGAAGUUUUACAAAUGAAAACUUCAUAUUUAUAAAUGAAAUAAAAACCUGGAUUUCAUGUGUAAACAGUAACCUCGGCCAGUUUUAAUUUACACAUGAACUUUUUGUUUGACAUUGUUGUGAUACAGCCACAGACAUUAACAUGUUUUAUAUGUAUUGACAUAUACAAAUACAAACAAAAACAUGGGAGCAUUAACCACAGAAGAAGAUAAAAGUUUCAUAAAAGUUUUUCAGCUCUGGAGGAGCUGCAGAGAUCCACAACUCAGACCUUACUCUCCUCAUAUUAGCUACAGGAGACACAGUUGAGCAUGAAGGUGGGAGUUUGGUCAGAAGAAACCAAAAUAGAACUACAUGCAAAAUGCUAAUGUGGUUGAAAAAUAAGAUCAUACACCCUCCCCAUUGUAGAACAGCAUAGUGGCAGCAUUAUGCUGUGGAGAUAGUUUUCUUAUCGGGGAUAGGGAAGUUGAUAAGGACGGGAAGAUGGAUGGACCUAAAUAUAGAGCAAUCUUGGAGAAAAAAAAGCCUGUUAGAAGUUUCAAGUCUUCAGACAGGAGCACACGUUCACUGUUCAGCAGGAUAUUGACCCUAAACAUGUACAGCAACAACUGAAAGGUUUGGAUCAAGGUAUGUUCAGGAGCUCAGAUUUGAUUAAGCGCAUUUCGUUUCUAAUAUUUUGUCUUUUUCAGAUGUUAAUUUGUUGCAUUGUUUGUAUUUCACUACAUGGAGAGAAUAGUCUAAUAAACAAUUACCCACAACCUUCA